ACUACACAACCUUGGCGAUAUCUAGGAAUUCGGAAGUACAGGUGACAUUCACAGUUGAAAGUAUUUUAAUAAUAAAAGGGAUUAGAAAAAAGAGAUAAAUUUCUUUCAGGAAAAGAAAUUUUAUUGAAAAAUAAUAAUUUAUUCAAAAUAUAAAAGUGAAAAACGUCCAUCGUCACCAAAAGCAAGAUGGCAGCUAAUGCUCUAGAGGAGAAAAUCAAUAAAAUAAGACUUCAAAAUGAAGAAAUUAAACGUCGAUACGAGGAAGUUGAAGCUGAUAAGAAAAAUGCUGCGAAAUUAAAUGCACUUGUUAAAAUGGUCCCAUCGAGCGAUUGGCCGGAACGUAAAGAGCCACCGGAAUUUACGAGAAAAGAAACAAAUAAAAGUAAUGUUAAAUCGAAAUCCAUUAAAGAACAUUCAGAUCGUCCUCAACAAUAUGUAAUUGGCGGAGUGGAAGGAAAAAAAAUACAUAAAUUUGCUCAAGGAGACGGUCCCCCUCCGGAUCCAAAAUACAAUUUUUUAGCCGAUUCUGAAAGGGAGGAAAAUAAUGUCGAUAUUAAAAAAGAUGAGGAUAAUCAUAAAGCGCCAAAUAAAUAUGUUCGAAAUGGUCCUAGAAAAAGAGGCGGUGGAAGAGAUGGAUAUCAAAAGGAUCAUAGAAAAGUACCGCCAACUUCAAGAGAUGGAUAUUUACCGGAAUACGAUGCAUGGAGAGCUGAACGAAAUCGAAUUGAUGAAGCACGAAUAAAUAGACAGCGCACAGCAGAGGGCAAUUGGCGUCGAGAAUGGGACAAUGAUAAAAUUAAUAUUGAGAAAGAAUCAUCGAAAAAAGAUCCGAGAUUUUCUUUAGGCGAUACAAGUAGACGAGAUUAUAAAGAAUUUGAAAAGCGACAUCAAUUCGAAGUUGAACACUCUAGUCGAGGUCGUGGAGGCAAUCAUCGUGGCUCUCAUGGUCCAAGAACUCACGGUCAUUACGAUAAUCAAAAUGAUUUCUCGGAAUCAUUGGUUAAAGGACCUUUAUCGCCAAACGAUGACAGAACUGUGAUUGCCACUGAUAAAAAUAUUAAAGUUACUGUGAAUCAUGGAAAUAUGCCGGUUAAAGGUCCAGUUAUGAGUGUUAAAGUGAACGCACCAAGUAUUGCGGGCACUGGCCGAGUUGGACCACGACAAAAAUCACGUGUCACUUAUUCGAGUCAUGCGGAGAGUGAAAUUUCAACUCAUCAAAUUGACAAUUUCUAUCGGCAAAAAUCGUUUGAUGAGAAAAUGCAUUUCAAUAAUACACAGCGAACAAAUACACCAAAAAGUCCAUUUGCAACAAGAAGAAAGGAUAAUAAUAAAUCACCGUAUUUACAGCGAAAGGAUGUGAAACGUGAUGAGGCAACGAUUUCUGCAAAAUCGCCGUCGGCACAAAAAAAGAAAUUCAAAGAACAACAAAAAUCGCCACAGGGUCAAAUGCAAUUUUUCACCUCUACAUCGCGUGGUCGCGGUCAAACACGUUUCAAUGGUGCAAAAAAUACUGUGAUUAAAAUUUUGGGUCGUACCGAUAAUUCAAAUUUAGAAUCUACGAAUGUUGAUGUUGUGAAAUCAAAUGAAUAUGAUAUUCAACAAUUUUCUCAAACUCACGUUAAUGAAAAUUUAAAAAAUAACGAACCUCAAAUAAUUAUCGAUAAUUUUACGAUAAUUGAAGCUGAAAAUUCAAUUGACGAUAUAAAGGAAGCGAUUGUUCAAGAUUUUAAUUGUGAUACGCAAAAUGAAUCUUUGGAAGAGAAAUUCGAAAAAAAUGAAGAAAUAGAGGUGAAAAAAAUUGACGAGAUGGAAAUAACGAAAAAUAAAGAAACGGAGGAAAAUGUAGUAUUAAAAGAAAUUCAAGUAUUGGAGAAAAAUGAAAAAUUGGAGAAUAGUAAAAAAGCAGAACUAUUAGAAAAAUGUGAAGUAUUGGAAAAAAGUGAAAUAUUGAAAACAGAUGAAGUAUUAGAAAAAAAUGAAACAGAGAAAAUUGAUAUAGAAAAUAUUGAAGGCAAGGAGGAAAUUGAAAUAAAAAUAGAGACAAUUAAAUCAGAAGAAAAAGAAAUUGAAAAAAGUGAAACAGUUAAAAUUGAAACAGAGGAACUAGAAAUAGAUAAAAUGGAAUCAGAGGAAAGAAAAGAAGAAAAAAUCGAUUCAAAAGAAAGCAAAAUAGAGAAAAUCGAAUCAGAAGAAAGAAAUGUAGAAAAAAUUGAACCAGAAGAAAGGAAAGAAGAAAAAGUCGAUAAAGAAAUUGAGAAAAUCGAAUCAGAAGAAAGAAAUGAAGAAAAAAUUGAACCAGAGGAAAGAAAAAAGGAAAUACUCGAACAUGGGGAAAAAGAAAUAGAGAAAAUCGAAUCAGAAGAAAGAAUUGUAGAAAAAAUUGAACCAGAAGAAAGGAAAGAAGAAAAAAUCGAACCUGAGGAUAAGGAAAGAGAGAAAAUCGAUUUAAAGGAAACCAAAAUAGAGAAAAUUGAAUCAGAAGAAAGGAAAAUUGAACGAGAUGAAAGAAAAGAAGAAAAAAUCGAUAAAGAAAUAGAGAAUAUUGAACCAAAGGAAAGAAAAACAGAAAAAUUCGAACCAGAGACGAAAAAAAAUGAACCAGAUGCAAAAGAAAUUGAAAAAAAUGAAGUAUCACAAAAGGAAGAAACACCAAAAAAUGAAAUUGUCGAUCAACAUCCUUUAGUUGACACUAAUAAAAAAUUAUCAGAAAAUGUUUUAAACAUUAAUGAAAGUAUUUCAGCAAAAAAUAUUUUUUCGAAAAUAGAAAAUUGCUCCAGUGAAAAUAAUGAAACCAAAAUUGAAGAUCAACAAAUUACAUUGAAAUCGGAAAUUAUCGAAAAUUUCAAAAGCGUUGAAGAAAAUACACGCGAAUUAGAAAUUAAAUCUGAUGACAACACUUUGAAAACUGUAAGUACUGAGAUUCCUAACGAGGCCUCUUACAUACCUAGUGAAUAGGUAAAAUUUAAUAAUUAAAAUUUUUUUUUUUUUUCUUCGACGAUUACUGAUAAAAAGAAAAAAAAAUUUCGGCAGUUUGCUUUAAUAAUUACGCAAUUUUCAUACAACUUGUCAAACUUGAAUUUUUCUUAUUCAUAUAUGCAUUUAGACAAAUUUAUUAUUUUCAAAUAAAAUUAUAUUCAAUCAAAGCAAACUAUUUUGCUUUGGUCCUGCUAAAAAAAAAUUGCAGAAUUGCCAUAAUGUCGUCCUGUAAAAAGAUAAAACCAAGUGAUAUUAAAAAUUCUUGGUUAAAUUGUUUGUUAAAAGUUUUAUGAAAAAUGCACCCGGUGUGUGAUGAUAAAUUUAAGUAAUAUAACUCGUAUAUUUAUAUAGGUUAUUUAUUCGACACAAAUGAGCCUUAGGAGAUUAAAUAUAUUCCUUUAAAAAUUUCUCUGUUAAGUAACAUUUUUUUUUUUUAAAUUGUUUCAAAAACAAUUUAAAAAUUAUAAAAUCACAAUAUAAAUUUACAAUUACCUAAAUAAAAUAUAAAAAAAAUUGAUUAAUUUUCAAAAUUAAUCCAUUUUUUAUAAUUUAUUUUAUUGAAUUACUCAGAAAAAUUUUAUCUUAAGACUGAAACAUAUUUAGAAUUUAAUGAAUUAUUGAAAAUUAUCAAAUUAUCAAUUAUCAAAUUAGAAAACAAAAAUAAAAUCAACAGUAUUUAAUCUAAUUAAUAAUUUAAAAUUAUUAAUUAGCUUAAUUAAUAUAAAUUAUUCUUUAUUCUAAAUUAUUACGUAGAUUUCAUAUUUUCAUUUGCAUUAUUUAAAAUUCAUUAUAAAAAAAAUAUCAGUCAUUGAAAAAAUAAUUUAGUAAAAAGUUCAUGAAAAUUUAAUAAACAAAAUAUUAAUAAAAAUUUUCAUUGUCUUUGCUCAUGUCGAUAGUUAAUAAAUUUUUUAAAAAAUUAUUAGAGAUUAAUGGAUUUUUAACUCAUUGACAAAAACCGAAAUUAACAAAAAAGAAAGUUUUAUUUUUAUAAAUGUAAGGAAAUUUAAAAAUUAUUUAUAUUUUUUAGAAAAUAGACUAUUUAUUUUAAUAAUGUUAUUUAAUUACGUUUUCCUAAUCUUUAUUUUAUUAGAUAUUUUUUUUUAGUCAUUUAUUUUCAUAAUUAUUUUCAUUAUUGUUAUUAUUAUUAUUAUUAUUAUUAUUAUUAUUAUAUUGAAAUAAAUAACAUUAUUAAAUAUUUCAGUUAUUAUAUACAUUUAAAUUAUUUAUUCUAAUUUGUUUUGUUUCUUUACAUUUAUUAUUUUAUAGGUAAUAUUAAGAAAAAAAAUUUGUUUAAUUGAAAAUUUUAUCUUAUAUACUCAGUUUUUGAAAAAAAAAAUAUUUUGUGACUAGUUUUAUUAUUGUUAUAUUUUUGUUUGUUAAUUUAUAUAAAACUUUGUCAAUGGGUUCAAUACCCUUAAACUGAAUAAUUAUUGCUAAUCUAGUUAUAAUUACAAAAUAAAAAGAGAACAAAUAUUAUCGAUAUAUCUCUUUCUCUCUUAAAAAUUAUACAUCGGAGAAUGAAAAUCUUAUAAUUAAGUACAUAAUAAAAUUAUAUCUUUCAUAUAUUAUAUAAUAUUCGAUAGAAUCAUCGAAGCCAUAUUAUUUAAAAGAGAUGCAAAUUAAUUUGUAAUUGCAAAAUAAAUGAAUAAACUUUCAGACGAUAAAAAAAAUUUUUUCUUUUUUAUUUAUAAAAUAUUUGAGAAUCUAAAUUAAACAUUAAAAAUUUUAGAUAAAAAUAUUUUUUUUAUCGUCUUGAAAGGACAAAAAUUUAAAAAAAAAAAUUAAAUGCAUUAGUAAAUUGCGUUUAAUGCAUUGUGAUAUAAGGAAAUGAGUAAUAUCCAUUUCAAUUCAAUUUAAUAAUAGGAUAAUAUUCUUAUAACUAAUAUUUGGCUCACCAAUGUAACGUGAAUGAGGACCCUCUAAUUAAAUAUAAGUAUUUCAAAGUUAGAAAAAAUCGCAAAUUAUUUUUUGACAAAUUUAGAAAAAAAAAAAAUUGUAUUUGUACAAUUUUUCAUUAUUGGCAGAUUUAUAAUUUUAUUUUUUAAUCGAACUCUUAACAAAUACAAAAUGUUUUUCAAUAUAUUUAUUUAUAUUUGUUAUAAUAUAUAAAAAGUAGGAAAUUAUUUGUAUUACCUACUUUUCAACAUAAAAUUUGAUUUAGCUAAUUGAAUAUUUAUAAUUUAACAAAAUCUAAAUCGAACUUUGUGUGAAAAAAAACAUAUUUUCCUAAUACCAAACCCAAUGCCAAAUAUAUAUAUUUAUGUUUUUUUUUUUUUUCUUUUUCGCUUGUAGAAAUUAUUUUUGAUAUAUUUACUUUUGAAUAUAGAAAUUUUUUGUAAACACUUUGAAACUUUUUACAAAGUCAAAAAGUUGAAUUAUUAAAAAUUUUGUUAAUUAAUUUUCAGAGUGGAAUGUUUAAGAGCAAAUGUAAUUUUUCUCGCUAUAUAAUAUAUAUAUAUUUAUAUAUGAAAAUAUAUUUAAAAUAUUUUAGUUUGUUUUUACUAAAAAAAAAAAAAAAGGAAAUUUCAUAUUAUGUGCUAUUUAUGUUUUCCGCAGUUGUAGAAAUUAUUGGCGAUGAAUAACCAAUUUUUUCCAUAGCGUCUAUUAUAGUCUGCCAUAAUUUACUAUUUUUAAGAUUAUUCUGUAGCAGAAGUAAGAAAAAAGAGAAACGUUGUUAAUAAAACUGUAGUGCUUUUUCAAUAAUAAAAAAAAAGGGUUCUUAUUUUUA